CCCUCGGCUGUGCAAUAUUUGACCGAUGAGCCACGUUUUACUUGUCAUGAUGCAUCCUCUUAAGCUUGUUUACUGAUCAUCUCGGCAGUUGACUCACUUAUAAGGUUUCACAGCAUCAGCCCUAAAUUUCCGAGAACAAAGAUCGUCUUGACCGAUAAGCAUUAGAAUGAAUCCUUUGGGUGCGCUGGGCUACGUCGUCCAAUGGUUUCUCUACGCAGGGCUUUACGGAUAUCAAGACUAUUACCCAUUGCUUACUGCCCUCCGACACGUCCGCUCACUCAAACCCUCAACCUCUGAAGACGGAACGACAGGAAUUCUUAGUCGAACGAGUAACACGUCCUUUUGGUCGACGAUAUAUCCCAUCAAAGGUUUGGGAACAUGGCUUGUUGGCGCGGCUGCAGAAUCCGCUCUCGAAUCCUACCUCAAAAACUCUCUCCCAGUCUUCCUCGUGAAGUGCAUCACAACAAUUAUCCUCGCACCUCUGAAGUUCCUCUGGAUUCGAUCGAUCAUGUCCGAUUAUUCUAUAUCUCUCAACUCAAACAUCAGGAUUCUUCGUUGCGUCACCGCUAAGCAAUGGCUACACUUCAUCGGCACCAUGUUAGCUUGCGACAUUGUCGACGAGAUACCAGACCUUGUCUGCAAGCUCAGCCUGCUCUUGCUGUUGGCAAAUGGUGUCGAUGUUGUUCAAGAAUGGGCGAAGGAGAAUAGCACAACUGUUGGAUUGAUAACCCUCGGUGUCUUCUUCACGCUGCAGAUCAUACAUGCGGUCAUUAGUGUUCCACAGACGGUAGCGGCCGUCGAAGCUGCUCCCGAUUUAGAAGAGACAGGGGAGAGAAGGAGUACACGUGAACUCUUGGCGGAUAUCAAGACAUCGUUGCGAAGCAUGAACUUUUCAUUGUGGCUCCGAUUCGCGGUCUAUCAUUGCAUUACAUUUGUCAUGGCUCGCAUUGCAACUGCUGUUGGGUCACUGGGCAGUAUGGAAGUCAACAUUAGUUGGAAAGACCCUCUAUAGACUCAGAAAGGCAAAGAUUCUAUCAGUCAGUCGAUAACUUGGCCUACCUUUUGUUCAUAAUACAGCCUUGCUACCGGAUCAAGAGACUGUACAUUUCCCGCCCCCCCUCGUCACCUCCUCCAUCAACAAAUUAAACUCUUGGUUAUCUUCCCAACUCUCAAGACGCUCAAGGUUCACCUCAUGAUCAGGAUAGAUAGAUCCAUACUUCUCAUCCAACCACCCAUACGGCCAGAUACAAAGCCCUUCCUCCUCCUUGACCUUCCUUCUCCAACUCUUGAUCGUGUCAUCCUCAUCAGCCGGCGGCACAUAAACCUCAUCACCAUAAUAAUCCCCCUCAUCUUCCGUAAUAGGCCGUUCCUUAGUCGGUACACAUAUUACCUCCGCAGGUGCUUUCAGAGCUUGUCGUGCAGCUCUCCAUAGAUCGGCCCAUCUUGGUGCAUCAUCGCCAUUCGGAUCGGAGGCAAACGCGACGCAUUCCGUGAUGCAGAGUUUAGACAGCGUGCCGUUUACUUCUUUGAGGUAAUCUGUCAGCACAGAGGUCACUGCUAUACCGUCUACGUGCAGUGACCUGAGAGCCGGCAUGCAACCAGGAGCGCGUUCGCAUGGCCAAGAACUUUUGCCGACAAUUCAUUGAAGAAAGCGUGAAAACCAGGCAAUGUAUUAACCUGCCAACCAGCGCCGUUGUUUCCGCCAUACGUAUUGAGCGUCAACUUCUUCAAACGGCCCAGAAACUCAGCCCAUUUCUUGUCCUCCCAGAAUGAAGUCUUUCGCGGGAGAAAGUUGGAGAUAGUAAGUUCGUCGACCGGCGAAAGCGUAGCGAUGUCGCGGUACAUAUCCCGCAAAGCAGCGCGCCAUGAAUAUGUCUGUUCCUUUCGCUGGACUUCCCACCAAGUUUCAGGCUCGCAGCAGAAGUAAAUGUAGUUUCUGCCGAUAUUGUUGUUGUCCCAAUCCACUUCGCCCUCAAAGUCCUUUUCGCCAUUGGUGUGGAUUGUCAGGGCUUUGCAGCGUGGUAGACCCUUGAAUCGGAUGAGAUCUUGGAUGAUUGAAGACUUGUCCUCGCUCUCUUCUUCCUCCACUUCUUCCUCCUCUUCCUCCUCCUCCGCAUCCGACGUCUCAGUCAACUUCUCGGGGUAGAAAGUAACAUUCAACCUCAAUUCUAGAAUAUUAGCACCAUAUUUAUCGACAAUUGUAGGUAAGAUGUGAUCCUCUACAAGCGGACAAUUGACUCGUAGGACCUUGAAUAGGCAUGGCGCCAUUGCAGUCCGAAGCCCGGAAUUGGCCAGGCUAAGGUUCUUUCGAUCAUCCGGCUCAAUAUAAUCCGAAAUGCUGAAAAGUACUUCAGGUGGUAGAUCGAGAAAAGGACCGGACAUGGUGGCGGUGGAUUGAACUCUGGUAAUUGGAGAACUGAUACUGAGAGAUAUUUUAACCUCGGUAUUGUGAAGAAGCUGUCAAGACGAAUUGGGGAUGGCCACUUUAUGAGGUUGACAGUUGCUGCUGGUAAGAAUAGUGAGUGAGUGGCCUGAAAUCGUGGGACUAUCCUAUACCUGUAGUGGUCUAGAGUCAGCUUCUGUUGCCUGGUCUUUACUGGAUUCAGCGUUUACAAUAUUCUUGGCAGCAGGCAGCACGGCACAGAUGCGGGGUUAAAUAGAGUACUAACACCCUGUAGCUUGACUGCCUAGAUGCUCCUAUGUAAGAAGAAUGAUCUUUGCUCCUCCGCUAUACGGAUACAUCAUUCAAUUUACAGGGCAUUAGUGGGUACAAAUGUGUGGCGCAGGUCUGUCUGUUGUUCCACUUGCCUGCCAUCGCUGCCAAACGAGCCGCCUACUGAGCUGUGGUCCUAGAGCAGAUCCGCAGUGCAGUGUCU